UUGAGUCAUUUUCUCUCUUAUUUGCUCUUCUCUUUCAUUCGCUGCUUUUCUUUCAAGUGUUAACAUUUAUUCUUAUCUGUUGAUUGUCGCUGCUCUGUUUUAUUUCGAGUUUAAUUAUUUAUUCAAUUGGUUUGAUCAUCUUCUUUCUAUGGACAGUUUACAAAAGAAACCACCGAAAGGAAUCUUGAGAACGAGCUCAAAUUCUGGUCAAUCUGAUCAUUCAAAGACGAGCAUUGAACCAAUCAAAUGGGAUGAGAUGAAUAUCCUCCAAACUUUACAUCCACCAGGUAAAGAUUAUGGACUAAUGAAAAUUGAGGAACCCAAGACUCCGUUCAGUCAUUAUAAGGACACAGUUGAUGGCGAACCGAUUUCUGAUGAUGAAGAAGUGGCCUCUUCAUCUGCGACUAAUCUCGAUCUGCAAAUGGUAUCAGAGAAGAUAAAACAAGGAAAAGCGAAAAUACUUUGCGACUCUUCUGUUGACAAAGAAGAUGAUGAAGAUGAAAACGAAAGUGAACCUGAAGAAUUGUCCGAAGAAGAGAUGAAGAAACGAAAGGAAUUCGAAAUGAAACGUAAAAUGCACUACAAUGAAUUCCAAGCUGUUAAAUUAGCACGUAAGCUAUUGGAAGAAGAUGACGAUGAAGACGAAGAAGACAAUAAUAAGGAUAGAAGUGCAACUCUCAACGACGAUGAAGAGGGAAUGGCGUCUGAUCGAGAAGUGGAACUAGAAUACGCUCAUUCGGCAAGUAAUUCUAAGAAUCUUUGAAGUCGCUCGACAAGAACAGAAUCGAACCAAAAUUUACAUUUAUAUUUCUUCAAAUGACCUUUUUUACCCCAGAAGUUGAUUUUUGACUGUUGAGUUGAUGAAUUUGAUCUUCUUGACGUAAAUUGCUUAUAUUUAUGCAAACAAUCAAUUGAUUGUCCUUUCUGGUGUUUCUAUACACGGAUCCGAAUUAAUACCCAAGUUAAUAUUGUAAUAAUCUCACUAAGAAUGGUUAAUUAUGGAUAAUCAACAACCUGAUAUUUGCAAAGUUACCACGUGCUCAAAGUUGCAAGUCUUUUUGGUGUUGACUGAAUACACAAAUUAUUCAUUUUAUUAUUUACACUGGAACUUAACCUCAAGUGACAUUAAUUUAUUUCCAUUUCAUCCGUUGAAGUCACAAUCGUCUAUGGGUUAAUAUUAUUGAUUGAAAUCUUAAAUUUAACGAUUCGAUUUGAGCUGUUGAGAUGGAUUAUGUUUUCAUCAACCAAUCGGCUGCUCGUGAAAACUUGGUGUGAAUGGAAACAAUAUUAAGAAAUAUCAUUUUUCCAAUAUUAUUAUUUGCUAUAUUUUCUGCUUUUUAUUGUACAAUCAAGACAAUUUAUAAAUAAAUGAAUUGAUUCCAAUCUAAUA